AUGGAAUUUAAAAAAAUAUUUUGUAGUACAAAUAUCUUAGUAUUGUUUUUUGGGUUUAAAUUAGCAAUGGAAACUCGAGAAGUUAGCGAAUUAAGUCGAAGCGAUAAUCCUUAUCUUUCAAACGUAAAUAAAAUUAAGGAAAUCGAAGAAUUAUACUAUCAGGAUGCUGAAAAAAAAGGAUUGAAAAGAAUUUUUUUUUCUGUAAUGCUUAGAUUUCUUAAACUAUUAGCUAAUGUAGAAAAAACUGAAUGGGACCAAAAAACUGAUAAAUAUUGUCGUUUUAAAAAAAUAUCUGAUCUAGAAGAGAUUCAACUAUUGAAAGAACAGAAUUUUGAAUUUUCUAAAAUGCUUAAAGGACUUAGUUCCAGUUUAUUUAGGGACAACCCCAAUGUUAAGUUUUUUUUCGAAAAAACUAAACUAUUUAAUUUUAUUAGCGAAGAAAAUUUUAGUGGUAAGGUUAAUGAGUAUCCUGACUGGAAUAAAUUGCAUGCAUGGUAUGAAGUUGAUGAAUUUGAUGAAUUUGAUAAAAGUGGUGUAUGUGAUAAAAGUGUUGUAUGUGAUGAAGGUAAUGAAAGUGAGAAAAGUUAUGAAGGUAAUGAAAGUGAGAAAGGUGAUGAAAGUGAUGAAGGUAAUGAAAGUGAUGAAAGUGAUGAAAGUAAGGAAAGUGAUGAAAGUAAGGAAAGUGAUGAAAGUAAGGAAAGUAACGAAGGUGAAGGAAGUGAUGUAUGUGAUGAAAGUGAGGAAAGUAAGAAAAUUAAUGAUUUUAAAAAAAGUAUUAAGUUUUUUCCACUUUAUAAUUUAACUUUAUCUCAAACUUUAUUACUAAAAAAGUAUUAUCAUUUAUGGUUUUUGGUCAUCAGAAAAGUAUUGCACAAUGAUGAAGUUAGCAUUCAUGAUUUUGUUAUAUUGUAUAAAAAUUUUGGUAUUGCACCAAAUAAAAAUGAAUAUUCUUUUUUAACUAUAAUACUAAUUAAGUGUUUUGAAUUAUUUGAAUCGGAAGAUUAA